UCUAAUGCAGCUCUCUCCAAGGUGCUGAAAUGCAGACCGCCGGUUCGGAGGUGGCUACUCCGGGCUUCGCAGCCGAGAAGUUACAUCGCAGUUUCUAGCGCAAUGGCACGUGAAGAUCUUCACUUCUGAUGCCGAGGGCUUUCGCAUUCCUUUCAGGAUGUACGGCAGGGCUUGACGGAAUGGGCCGUUUUCUGGUGUGCUUAAGGUCAACUGUGCUGCUGUUGUUCAGCUAUUUUAACAUCUGCCUUAUCACAGCAGACAUAAUAGCAGCCCCUGUCAAUGUCACGGUGCGACAUCUGCAAGCCAACUCGGCAGUGGUAUCGUGGGAAGUUCCUAAUGGCGAUGCAGUUAUUGGCUAUGCUAUAUCACAACAGAGGAAGGAUGUGCGAAUGCUACGCCUGAUUCAGGAAGUGAAUACCACAAUGCGAUCCUGCGUACUGUGGGACCUGGAGGAGGACACCGAGUACACUGUCCAUGUUCAGUCCAUCAGCCUGACAGGCGUUAGCCCGGCCAGCGAACCCAUCUCCUUCAGGACCCCAAAGGAGGCUGAAAAAUUGGCCUUGAAAGAUGAAGUGACAACGAAGAUGCUACAGAGACGGUAUACACAAUUACGGACAGGCGAGAUGAUCAUCAUUGUGGUGGUUCUGGUCAUGUGGGCAGGUGUCAUAGCUUUGUUUUGUAGGCAGUAUGAUAUUAUCAAAGACAACGAACCUAACAAUAAUAAGGACAAAGCCAAGAGCUCUUCAGAAUACAGCACUCCAGAGCACCCGACGGGAGGUCUGCUACGUAGCAAGUUUCCGAAGAACAAGCCUUCUGUAAAUAUCAUUGAAGCCUGACUGCUCUGCGGCCAAGACGAUGGUCCAUUAACCCAUUAACUUACCCUUGGGAGGAAGCAGCCAGC